AUGGCACCAUCCGCCCAAAUAGACGUACUAGCAAGUGCUAUAGUCGCCCGAUUUCUACGGACAAAUGCCUACACCGAAACUCUGCAGGCUUUUAUCCGCGAGGCGGGCCUUGCUCCGGACGUGGGGCAGGUCUCUGGUGACGACACUCACAAUUUGACGAUCCAAAGUUUGCUGGAGGAGAAGCAGGCGUAUGACCACAGUACCAAUCUUGAAAGACUUGGAAAUGAGAGUAGAGCGAUAUCAUCAUGGGGACUGCCAGCACCAUCUAAGCCGACUGUUAUUUCUACUCCAACGUCUUCAAAUCUACUGGCUGCAUCAGUGGAGUAUUGGCAAAGGCCCUGCCUCGAUGGAGGCGAUAUUGACUCUGACCUCGCGACGUCAACAAGACCGCUCAUAGUGUCCACGGGCGCCGAUAGACAGAUGCAUCUGCUUGAGACAAUUCCCGGAAACAAGGCGAUUACUUCAUUCUCCGGCCUAUCAGACUCACCUAUACUUUCAUUUGUGUCGAUCCUUCAAGGCCGAUACGUUCUAAUGACCAAUAUGUCUGGACACCUGCUUCUCCAACGCGGCUCGGAAGCCUUGCAAAGCCGAAAAGACCACGCAAAGUACGCCGUCAAGGUCAUUGCGAAUGAGGAACUAGACGACAUGGGCUCUGUGAAGGCCCUCUGGGUUGCCACCGCGGGUUGGGACGCGACUGUCUUCUUGUACCGGGUCUCGAUUGAAAUUGGGGACCAGGCUCCUCCAACACCUGUCAUUGGCGACCCUGUGGCCCGCAUCAAAUUGACAACAAACCCGGAGUCUCUCUUGUUCGUGCGCCACGUUGAUACAGGCGAGCUGCUACUUCUUGUCUCGCGCCGCGACUCGAGCUACAUCUACUAUUACCAGGUUGAGACAGGCCUUCAAAAUGGCACACAACGGACGGAAAGCCACAAUGCCGAUAUCUCACCACCUGAAUGCCGUCUCCUUGGACAGCAGAACCUGGCACCACACUCUAAUGCGUGGGUAGCUUUCUCACCAUCUCACAUGGCACUUAGCCCUCUUGAUCCGGGGCUACUUGCAGUGGCGACCUCCUCAGAACCCCAUAUGAAGGUGAUCAUUGUGCGCCUGCUUUUCCCAUCAGCGACUUCCUCCGAUGGAUCGAUCCCAUCGGUACAAGAUGCACCCGUGACGCAAGCUUCACAGGCCCUCGAGGCUCUGGCGCUGCAAAAUCGGGAAGAUGCCGCGAUCUUGAUACAGGCGAAUACAUUUGCUCCUCAAACGUCUUACUCGACGCCGCAGGUAGCUUGGCGACCCGACGGAUCGGGCGUCUGGGUGAAUGGGGAUGACGGUGUGGUGAGAGGUAUCGAGCUGAAAACUGGUAAGGUUGUUGCCUCGUUGAAGGGUGGUCAUGAACCUGGGAGUAAAGUGCGAACUAUUUGGGCUGGCUACGUUGCUGUACCCAACCAGGGGGAUGAUGCCAAGGAGGAAUGGGUGAUUAGUGGUGGUUUUGAUAAACGGUUGAUUGUUUGGAAAGUAUAA